AACAAAGGAUCAUCGGUGACCUGUUUGAAGCGCGGUGUGAAGUUGUCUAGAUAUUCCUCGUCAGCAAUCGUAUAUCGCAAAACAGCGUAAAUCCGUCUUCCGGUAUCAGAUUAGCGCCGUUGCCCGAUCGCGUUGUCGGUGGUUGUGUUCAAGUCGUGCUGUGUUAUUCAACGAAAAUCUACGUCAUGUGUUGUUGUUGAAUCGCCCGACUUUUGUGCGGAGUGAACUUGGCGCGUUCAGCUGAGAAUUUGUUCUGUGAAGAAGAUAGUGUGACACGCACGUGUGCCUAGCAUUUUUACCGAAUAUCCGUCAUCGCCGUCACUUGUCGUGUAUAUAAGCAGCUCGGCAUUGUUGUCAGCGAGCGAGGAGGUUGGGGGACAACGGAGCAGAGAAAUGUAUCAGCAAGGAUAGCGGCUCAAACCCUGAACAAUGACGAGCCGAAAGGAUAAAACAGCGAGCGGAUUUCUGGACACGUUGUUCGGCCGCCCAAAAAAAACGGGUCGAGGGGGCGGGGUGGGGGGUGGUAUGAGCCAUAACACCAUCCCCCGUCCCAACUCCGGCGAUGAUUUCAGUGAAAUUGAACAGCAGGCAUCCAUCAUAGAGCGGAUGGACGAAGAAACUAUGAAUGACAAGUUUGAAGAGAUGUUGAACGACAUGAAUCUUACGGAGGAGAAAAAAACACCCUUGAGACAGCAGCCGGAUAUGAAUAAGAGGAAGAUGUUGGUGAUGCACUGUAAAGGCAGCAUACAGGAGAGCAGAUCAAAGUUCGACAAACCUGCGGACUACAUACAGUACCUGGCCCAGCCCGAGUUGAGCGUAAAUAAAAUCUACAAUUGUAUAGAAUCACUCAGGAUCGCUUUAACCAAUAACCCACUUAGCUGGGUUCAGGAAUUUGGAACCAAGGGACUUAGACAGGUCCUUGCAACCCUCAACGAGUGUUAUAGAAAUGCUUUCAUAUGUUAUGAUAGUGAUAAUCGAUACGAAAGAAUACAGUACGAAUGUAUUCGCUGCUUGAAAGCGAUAAUGAACAACACCGUUGGAAUCAAGGAGAUGCUUGCGCAUCACGAAGCUUUAACAAUAGUUGCUAGGUCUUUGGAACCAACAAAACCGGCUGUCAUGUACGAGGCUGUCAAACUCCUUGGCGCAGUCUGCUUAAUUUCCAGUGACAGUCACAAAAAAGUUUUGGACGCAAUCACAAUGAACGGGGAAUUCAAAGGAAAGGAACGGUUUCUACCAAUUGUUCAAGGAUUGGUCAACAAAAAGAAUGAAAAUUUAAGGGUCGUCUGUCUACAAUUAAUAAACUCAAUAAUCUCAUCAGCGGAAGACUUAGACUUCCGGUUACACCUGCGAAACGAAAUAAUGCGAGUUGGGCUGGCAGACUUGCUGAUUCCACUCGAGAAAGACACGUCCGAGGAUCUGGCAAAUCAUUUAAAGAUCCUCAAGGAACACAAAGAGGAGGAUUAUGAAGAGUUUGUUCAAAGAUUUGACAACGUUAGGCUUGAGUUAGACGAUGUUAACGACUGCUUCGAAGUUGCCAAAAAUAUGGUAAUGGACACACCUGCUGAACCAUACUUCCUAUCCAUCCUUCAGCAUCUACUUUUUAUCAGGGACGAUGCAUUAGUUAGACCAGCGUACUACAAACUCAUCGAAGAAUGUGUGUCACAAAUAGUGUUGCACCGGUCUGGAUGCGAUCCGGACUUUAGUGCCACCAAACGUUUCCAAAUAGACGUGCAGCCGCUAAUAGAUACUUUGGUUGAAAAAUCGCGAGCAGAAGAAGAGCAUCGUUUGUUGGAAAUGGGUCAGAAGCUUGAGGAGGCUAUCGCCAGUAGACAGGAGGCGGAAGCAAAGCUUCAACAUGCAGAAACUAAGAUCAAGGAACUCGAACAGGGUGGAGCAAGACCCGGAGGUGGAGCUAAAGCCGGCGGUGGUCCACCUCCCCCUCCGAUGCCAGGAAUGGUCGGGCCGCCUCCGCCUCCAAUGCCCGGUAUGACUGGGCCUCCACCACCUCCGAUGCCUGGCAUGGGUGGACCACCUCCACCGCCAAUGCCAGGUGCAGGCGGUGGCCCACCACCUCCGCCCAUGCCUGGUAUGGGGGGCCCAGCACCACCACCUCUCCCAGGUAUGGGCCCUCCGCCUCCCCCCAUGUUGGGAGGAAUGGCACCAAAGCUACCCGCUGGAGCUGUUCAAGUCCUGCCACACGGAUUGAAGCCGAAGAAGAAAUGGGAAGUGGAAGGUCCUUUGAAGAGAGCGAAUUGGAAAGCGAUCUUACCUCAAAAAUUAUCAGAAAAAUCGUUCUGGGUUAAAGUACAGGAAGAAAAGCUUGCCAGUCCAGAUAUUUUGAGUGGCUUGGCGCAGAGAUUUGCUUCUAAACCGACUGGCAAGAAAGUUGACAAUGUCAUUGAUAAGUCUGCACCAACAAAGAAGGUCAAAGAUCUCAAAGUUCUUGACGGCAAAUCUGCGCAAAACAUUUCAAUUCUUCUUGGUGGUACAUUAAAGCACAUGUCGUACGAAGAAGUGAAAAUUUGUUUAUUGAGAUGCGAGGGUCCCGUUAUUUCCGACAAUGUAUUACAAGGAUUAAUUCAGUAUCUACCUCCACCCGAUCAGCUCACUAAACUACAACAAUUCAGAGACCAGUAUGAAGACUUGACUGAGGCCGAACAAUUCUGCGUUACUAUAUCAGAUAUCAAACGACUGUUACCAAGACUGAAAUCACUCAGCUUCAUGUUACACUAUGAAGAAUUAGUUCAGGACGUUAAACCCGAUAUAGUUGCGGGUACUGCUGCGUGUGAGGAGGUGAAAAUCAGCAAAAAGUUUGCUAAAAUACUUGAACUGAUUCUUUUACUUGGUAAUUACAUGAAUACUGGUUCCAAAAACGGUCAAGCAUUUGGGUUCGAAAUCAGCUUUCUUACUAAGUUAACGAGUACGAAGGAUGUGGAAAACAAGCAAACUUUGCUACAUUAUCUUGUUGACACCAUUGAAAGAAAGUUUCCAGAUUGCGCAAACUUUUCAGACGAAUUAGCCCAUGUAGAUAGAGCCAGUCGAGUUUCUUUGGAGAAUGUCCAGCGUACUCUUCGCCAGAUGGAUGCUAGUCUGCGUAAUCUGGAACAAGAUUUGUCCAAUGCUAGACUUCCGCAAAACGACAAUGACCGAUUUGGAGAAGUUAUGACACCAUUUGCAAAAGAAGCACGAAAAUCGUAUGAAGUGAUGCAGAACAUGUUUAAAAAUAUGGAUGGUCUUUACACCGAUAUUUCAGACUUCUUUGCCUUCGACAAGCAAAAAUACACUAUCGAGGAAUUCUUUGGUGAUAUUAAAACCUUCAAAGAUGCUUUCGAGCAAGCACGAAAAGAAAAUGCAAAAAUGCGUGAAAGCGAAGAGAAACAACGGCGGGCACGGGAAGGAAGAGAAAAGGCAGAAGCAGAACGUGCGGCACGUGCUGAAAGAAAACGGGCUUUAGUGGACAUGAACGCUCACGAAGCGCAAGAAGGCGUUAUGGACAGUCUGAUGGAAGCUCUGCAAACUGGAGCUGCGUUCAGUCGACCUGAUCAACGUCGCAAACGACAAACUCGUGCUGCUGGUGCGGAAAGAAGAGCACAACUAAAUAGGAGCCGAUCACGUACAGGAUUAUUAGGAAGAGAACUAUCAACGGAACUCUUGAGCUCAGCGUAGCAUUGUGAUGAUGGCGUUGCGUAUUCGCCAUGAUUUCGACAUUACGAUAUAUCUAAGGAGACUUUGUAAUCUAGUUAUAAAUGCUAACCACGCUGGUCGAGUGGUUAUAAAAGGAUAUCGAGAAUCGCAAAGGAAUCCACAGGGUCGACGAACCGUUGUGUAACCUUGUAAAUUUUUUUAUUAGCUAUUAACCCACAAAAGUCUUCCUUGUGUCAUUAUGCGCACAAUUGGAUGUAUUCAGUUAACAUGU